GGCACCCCACGCCAGCCCAGCAGCUCCUCCCACUGCCUCCGCCCUUCACACUCGGGCCCCAGCGUCGUCCUCCCCCCACACUGACUUCGCUCCCGCAGCCAUCCAGACAGACACUCUUCCCGCUCUCGCCUAGGUCUGCACCGCCACUGCCGCCCUUGCCGCCGCGCUUCGCCCCGGCUCUGCUACGUCAGGCCGCGCAUCUCUGGCCAGGACCACCGCUGCCGCCGCCGCCGCCGCCGAGCCUCAGACUGAAGUCUGGGCGCCCGCGAUCGCACCAGCUUCUUGGUCUUAGAGAUCCUGAGCUCUCGGCUGACGCGGAAGCGCAGCCAUCCCCACCACCGCCGCCACGGCCAACACGGGUGCCACGCGCCGCCACCGCCGCCGGGCCACCGCCGCCGCCGCCGCCGCCGCCGCCGCCGCCGCUGCAGAUCGCCCGCCGCCCACCAUGGCCCAGCAGCAAACAGGUAGCAGGAAACGGAAAGCGCCCGCGGUCGAGGCGGGAGCCGGGAGCUCGUCGUCGCAGGGUUUAGCGGCGGCGGACGGAGAGGGGCCUCUGCUACCCAAGAAGCAGAAGCGGCCGGCGACGCGUCGCAGGCUGGUGCACUAUCUGAAGGGCCGGGAGGUAGGAGCGCGGGGCCCAGCCGGGCUCCAGGGCUUCGAGGGCGAGCUGCGGGGCUACGCCGUCCAGAGGCUGCCCGAGCUGCUGACGGAGCGCCAGCUGGACCUGGGCACCCUCAACAAGGUGUUCGCGUCACAGUGGCUGAACGCCAGGCAGGUGGUGUGCGGCACCAAGUGUAAUACGCUGUUUGUGGUGGACGUGCAGUCAGGCCACAUCACGCGCAUCCCCCUCAUGCGGGACAAGGAGGCCGGGCUGGCCCAGGCCCAACAGGGCUGCGGCAUCCAUGCCAUCGAGCUGAAUCCCUCCAAGACGCUUCUGGCCACCGGCGGCGAAAACCCCAACAGCCUUGCCAUCUACCAGCUGCCCACCCUGGACCCCCUGUGCCUGGGCGACCGCCAUGGCCACAAGGACUGGAUCUUCGCCGUCGCCUGGCUGAGUGACACCGUAGCUGUGAGCGGCUCCCGCGACGGCACCGUGGCUCUGUGGCGGAUGGACCCGGACAUGUUUAAUGGCAGCAUUGCCUGGCACAGCGAGGUGGGUCUCCCCGUAUAUGCCCACAUCCGUCCGAGGGAUGUGGAGGCCAUCCCCAGGGCCAGCACCAACCCCAGCAACCGCAAGGUACGGGCCCUGGCCUUCAGCGGCAAGAACCAGGAGCUGGGAGCAGUGUCCUUGGACGGCUACUUCCACCUGUGGAAAGCCCGGAGCACACUAUCCAGGCUCCUGUCCAUCAGGCUGCCCUACUGCCGAGAGAAUGUGUGCCUGACCUACUGUGAUGAGUUGUCCCUGUACGCUGUGGGCUCUCAGUCCCACGUCUCCUUCCUGGAUCCGCGCCAGCGCCAGCAGAACAUCCGGCCCCUGUGCUCUCGAGAGGGUGGCACAGGCGUGCGGUCGCUGAGCUUCUACCAGCACAUCAUCACUGUGGGCACCGGCCAUGGUUCCCUGCUCUUCUAUGACAUCCGCGCCCAGAAGUUCCUGGAGGAGAGGGCCUCUUCCAGCCUGGACUCCAUGCCGGGGCCCGCAGGGAGGAAGCUCAAGCUUGCCUGUGGCAGAGGCUGGCUCAACCAAGAUGACGUCUGGGUGAACUACUUUGGUGGCAUGGAAGAGUUCCCCAAUGCGCUCUACACCCACUGCUACAACUGGCCGGAGAUGAAGCUCUUUGUGGCUGGGGGGCCUCUCCCUUCAGGCCUCCAUGGGAACUACGCAGGCCUCUGGAGUUAAGGAUGGACGCCUUGUUCUCAAAGUGCACAGGUGGAACCAGUCCAACUUACGUGUGCUUCAUGUAUUAGGCAGAGAAAGAAAGAGAGAGAGCGGGAGCGAGAGAGCACAAGUGGUCCUUUCGGCAGUCAAAACUUUGGCUUUAAAACUCUCAUUCACGUUUCCCAACAGCAGUAUAUUUUUGCCUUCUCAUUCAAAGAGUUUUGGCUAAACCUUAAUUGUGUUCUGUCCUUCGGUGAUUCACAUACCCUCCUUCUUUAGGUUGAUGUAGUCAUAGUCUUCACUACUAUUCAGUACGUAGUUUUAUCAAUAUUGCAAUAGUGUUCAGAUCUUUUACACGUUAGAUGUGUGGUGUUUUGGGGAAAUGUGAGCUACAAAGCAUCUUUGGGGUUGUUUUGAGGAACUACCCAUCAUUUAUAGCCUUACUCUAAUUAGAAAAUGCAGUUCAGGUUCUAGAUUGCCACCAUUCUAGAGUGUGGCACACACCAUUCUAGGGCGUGAUUCAUUUGGAUGUUGGAAACUCAAUGUCUGUUGUUUGUAUAGUGUUGAUGUGUAAAAUGCUUUAAAAAUAUGUUCUGUUAGUUAGAAAUCUUACAAUGUUGUUCAUACUAUUAAUCAACAUUUUUGGUUAUUCAGUAAAACUUUACUAUCCUCAGGCCCUCCGAGUUCUUAUUUAAAGCCGCUGUAUUAUGGCCUGCUUUUCUAUGCUACAGAUUUUCAGAACUACUCAAUUCUGGUCUAUAUAUGUGGUAGUGCAAUCAGGGAGGUAUUUUUGGGGGUAUAUGGGGUAAACAUCUCUUUAAAUUCAGGUAGCUAUUUACAGUGAAAAGCCAGUUGUGGCAGUUGUGCUCAGAGUAGGUGUUGUUGAUUUUUUAUUACUGUAUACAUGGAUAAUUCUGGAUCCAGUAUGUGAUGUGUUGCAGAAAAAUAAAUAAAAUGUGUUCAUCAUCUUAGCAAUUAAGUGGCAGACUUAAGUUCUUAAUACUUAAAAUAUAUGCUUUCUUUUUUCAUUUGUCUUUCUAAGAACGUAUUUAUCAAAGUCAAAACUUUCCGGGACAGAAGCUGAAUCUGAAGCAUUAGCUAUGCAGACAUUACUUUGUACAUCUCUUUUUGAAAAUGAAACUUAUAAGUUAAAAGAUUAAACAACAUCUUGAAUACGUUAUGAAAAUAUACUUGGUGUAAGUUAGGAUGGCUAAGUGUUUUUUUAAAGUUGACUGAACAAACCAUUUUUCAUUUAUACAAAUAUACAUGUACUUAUAACUACUUACAUAUACAAUAUAUUUGUAUAUCUGUUUGUAUAUGUUACUUCCCAUGUGAGAAGAAAGCAUAGAUAUAUAUCAUUUUAUAUGUGCAGCUAUUUCUUAUAUAUUGAACUACACAUAUUAAGACUUACCACUUGGUCUUUAUUUGUGUUUUGUUUUAUGCCAAUUUAAAAUAAUUUUAAUACAAGCACAUGAUCAAAAAACCAUACAGUAUAAAAAGUAUACAGUUAAAAGUAAAUCUCAAACCCCGGGGUCUCUAGUUUCCAGCCCAUAGAUUAGCACCAGUAUAUUUUUUGCAUAUACACAUUUAGAUUUAGUCUAUAUAUAUACAAGAACACAUGUAUGUGUGUAUGGAAUUUUUAUACAAAUAAUAACAUACUGUAUGUAUCUGUGCCUUUUUAAUCACAAAAUCUUAGCGAUUUUUUCUUAUACUUAUCUACUUAAUUUUAUUGCAUGCUGUUCUAUUGUGUGAUUGGAAUACACUUGACUUAUUCAUUACACCUUUGAUGAUCAUUUA